AAAUGUUAACAACUGAAUAAAAAUACACUACAUUGUUCUUAACUAUGUGAUAAUCUGAAAUGCUAAAGAAAAUAAAGCGGUCAGCCAUAGUUGCUGAGCACAUAUUUUCUCUCUCCUCCAAAAACUCAUUCUCCCGCCAAUUUUCUCAUGAAACAUUCCCGCCACUUCAAUCAAAAUUAAGGGCCUUAUGUUCCAACGGUCAAUUACAGGACGCCAUGCUAGAAAUGGCAGUUCAAGGUCUGGAAAUGAAGUUUGAAGGUUAUGAUACAAUCUUGAAUGAAUGUGUCAAUAAAAGGGCUCUUAGAGAAGGUCAAAGAGUACAUUCCCACAUGAUCAAAACUCAAUAUCUUCCACCAGUGUAUCUUAGAACUAGGCUUGUUAUAAUGUAUUGUAAAUGUGAAUGUUUGGGUGAUGCACGAUAUGUGUUCGAUGAAAUGCCUGAACGGAAUGUAGUUUCAUGGACUGCUAUGAUUUCGGCGUAUUCGCAGAGAGGGUUUACAGUUGAGGCUUUGAGUCUUUUUGUACAGAUGUUGAGAUCAGGUACAGAACCAAAUGAGUUUACUUUUGCUACCAUUCUCACAUCUUGUACUGGUGAUUAUGGGUUUGAUUAUGGAAGACAAAUCCACUCUCUAAUAGUAAGGUAUAAUUAUGACUCUCACAUUUUUGUUGGGAGCUCACUUCUUGACAUGUAUGCCAAAGCUGGAAGAAUCCAUGAAGCUAGGACAGUGUUUGAUGGUUUAACUCAAAGGGAUGUGGUCUCCUGUACUGCUAUGAUUGCAGGGUAUGCCCAAUUGGGUUUUGAUGAAGAGGCAGUUGAAAUGUUUCGUAGGCUAAUGGAGGAAGGGAUGAGUUCAAAUUAUGUUACUUACGCAAGUCUCUUAACUGCACUAUCUGGACUCGCUGCUCUAGAUCAUGGCAAGCAAGUCCACAGUCAUAUUUUGCGAUGGGAACUUCCAUCUUAUGUAGUUCUGCAUAACUCAAUGAUUGAUAUGUAUGCAAAAUGUGGGAAUCUCAUGUAUGCAAGAAGGGUUUUUGAUAGCAUGCCUGAGAGAACUGUCAUCUCAUGGAAUGCCAUGCUUGUGGGGUAUAGUAAACAUGGGAUAGGGUCAAAGGUUAUUGAACUUUUCAAAUUAAUGAGAAAAGAUGGUAAAGUUAAACCUGACAAUGUUACUUUCUUGGCUGUUUUGACGGGUUGCAGCCAUGGUGGAAUGGAAGAUACUGGACUGGAAAUUUUCGAUGAGAUGGUGGCACAAAAAUAUGGCUUUGAGCCAAAUAUAGAGCAUUAUGGCUGUGUUGUUGAUUUGCUUGGGCGUUCUGGGCGAUUAGAGCAGGCUUUGAAAUUUAUCGAUGAGAUGCCUUUUAAGCCAACAGCUGCCAUUUGGGGAUCUCUUUUAGGCGCUUGCAGGGUUCACUCAAAUUUCGAUGUUGGAGAAUAUGUGGGUCGUCAACUUCUAGAAAUAGAACCUGAAAAUGCUGGGAAUUACGUCAUUUUAUGUAAUUUAUAUGCAUCUGCAGGGAGAUGGGAAGAGGUAAAUAAUCUGAGGGAAUUGAUGAAAGAGAAAGCUGUAAUUAAGGAGCCAGGAAGAAGCUGUAUUGAGCUUGAUCAAAUUCUUCACACUUUCCAUGCUAGUGAUAGAUCCCAUCCUAGGAAAGAUGAGGUGCACACAAAAGUAAAGGAAUUGACAGUUCGAUUGAAGGAAGCUGGUUAUGAACCUGAUCUUAGCUGUGUUUUAUACGAUGUUGACGAGGAGCAAAAGGAGAAGAUACUUCUGGGACAUAGUGAAAAGCUGGCUUUAGCCUUUGGAAUUUUAAGUACUUCUGCAGGAGUCCCACUCAGAGUGAUAAAAAACCUUAGAAUCUGUGUCGAUUGCCACAACUUCGCUAAAUUCAUCUCCAAGGCUUAUGGACGAGAAGUCUCUUUAAGGGAUAAAAAUCGCUUUCAUCACAUUAAAGGUGGUGUGUGCUCUUGUGGAGAUUAUUGGUGAUAUCCUGAAAGCGUUGUUGGCAGAAAUUACCAUAUCCCCUAUUGCUGAAGAGCAACAUUAUGCUUAAGUUCGAUAUCUGCUGUGAUUGACACAAUACUUGACAGUAACAUGGGAACUGGAGCUAUAAUUAGUGAGAAACUGCUGGAGAUCAUUUGGUAAACCAAAAAUUAUUAUGUUCGUUAUCUGCACUUCUCAUUCAUCGUCAAUUAGUAGACAGCCAUUUGUAUGGGAGUUUGGACAAAGGAUCAACUGAAACAAACCUCCCUGCUAUCAUAGGGCAUAUGAGUAAGGCUGCUUAGA